CAGCGCAGGCUGCAAUGCGCAUCUCCGAGGCCACCGUGGGGGAAAUACUCUUGAGGCACUAAACCGUGGCCAGUUUCCCUGACCGUAACUUCAAAAUAUUGUUUUAAGAAAUCUUGUAAACGCAUUGGUACCGCAGGCAUUACUGAUCCGCUGCAUUUGGAGAGGCCCCAGUGUAAUCUUAGGAAAUAAGCCUCGCCGAAGGAGCCACCUGUGCGCAGACUGCUGCUUUUGGCGCAGAUCGUUCGCUUCUGGUGCGUAGUGACCACUAUGCCAGGCAAUGGCGACUCCUUACACCAUUCUGUGGGCGUCUUGGCUAUAUCAGCCGGGUCCCUUUUACUGACCGUCAACUCCUACAGCUCCAAUGACGCGACAGCUCUGCUCCCUCCAACAUCCCUGGGAGUUCUUCUGCUUAUCCUGGCAGCUAUCCUUGGAUAUGCAGGUAUUCGCAAAAGCCUGGGCUAUGAUCCUGUGUUUGUAACUCUCUGUUUAACCAUCUCAGCAUUGUGGUGUGGCUCUGGCAUUAUUCACAUCUUGCAUGGUAUGAAGGUACUGAACGAAAAAGAUGAGCUGAGAGAUGCCCUAGUUCCCGGUCUGGCAACUUUCACACUAGCGUUAUUCAUUAUAGGAGCUGUGGGAAUUUUCCAAAAAGAAGUACUGUUGUCCAUGAUAGCAUUUUCUGUAUCACUUUCUCUAGCCCAUGAAAUUGUAGUGUUUUAUGAAAGUGGCAUUGGUAGGUCUGCAGUGGCCUGCUCUUAUCUGAUAGUUUCUGCCCUCGGUGUGUAUGUCACUGUUGGGCGAGGCAUCUAUUUCCUCAGUAAAGCAAAAAUUAUUUUCCCUGGUACUAACCUUGCAAAAAGAAAGAUGGGCCUUCAGGGCCAAAAUAAAAAUGACACUAUCAUGAUUGGACUUAUAAUGAACAUGCUAUCAGCAAGUGUGUUUGGCUGCAAGCUUUUAGGUGUGAUCACCUCAUUAUUUGUAGGUCAGGUACCAUGGCUUUGGGUGGCAGGUCUUUAUCAGCUUGGAGUCUGUAUAAUGUGCUAUCGUUCUUUUGAUUUUCUGUCCGCUACAUCUUUUGGCUUUACCUCCAUCUUGAAAUUUGCCGAAGGCUAUGCUCUCCUGUUAAGGAUUUGGGAAGUUGGUGAUCUAAGUUUUCCUGUUCCAUUUCCUGUGGUUUUUGCAAUACUCUUCUUUGUUUUGGCUCUUUUCAUGACUCAGAAAAGUCUUGCAGAUGGAUUUUAUUUGCUCUUCUUUGCUUCGUACUGCAUUACUGUGGCAGCACGACCAAAUGGGUUCUUUCAUGGAGGGUUCCAGGGAGUCAAUAUCUCUAUUUUUGCAGCCUCUGCAAUUAUGACAGCACUGUAUCUUUAUGGCACCAGAGGAGGUAUAAGACUUCUGAUUGGGGAAGGUCUAAUUAAGUCCCUUUUGUCUCGUACAAGUCUGUUUAAGCUGAGAGCAGAAAAAGAUGUGCGUGAGCCUUUCCUAGGUUACUCCCGAUAUGCUGAUGCAGAGGUGCUUGGACAUGCUUGUAGUGUACUCGCUGCCUUUGCUAUUACUAUGGCUGUAGAUCCCAAUGACCCUUUGCAUUCUGUAGUGCUGCCAUGGGUUGUUGUUGCCGGAGGGCUUGUCCAGUUUGUGUCAGGUGCUCUUGCUUUUGCCCGUGGUAAGACCCUGGAAAGCACUGCAUUUAUACUGUAUGCUAUUAUGUGGAUUGUCUGGGGACUAACAAGAUAUGGUGGUCUCUAUGGCAAUACCAGGGGAUUUAACCUAGCUGUAGGAAUUGUCUGUCUGAUGCUUUUUAAUGGCUUUGUGGUGGUUGGUACAUUGUUUGUUAGUAAGACCUGGUUUGCUGACUCCUUGACUUUCAUGUUAAUUUUACUUAGUUUCCUGCUUGAUGCCAUUAACGCAAUGCCAGCUGGCUAUGAUAUCGCUGUCACCAUAAUCUUUGGCCUUGUUAGCUUCUACUGCUUCCUUUCUACACUCUUUAAUUCUAGCUUUGAAAGUCCACAGCUCCCUAUGGGCAGCCCCUUCAUAAAGCUGAGUGGCUAUGGUGGAGGCGGAUCCAAGUGUCCACAUCUCCCAGCAAGAAAGGUCACCUCUGUCUGGCAAAUAGCAGAAAUCCUAAAGAAUGGUGGCACAUGUGGUGUUCCUUCAGACACAGUGUAUGUACUUGUGGCAGCCUGCAAUCGACCAGAGGCAGUGGCAAAGGCUUAUAAAGCUAAGAUCCAGGCUCAGGACAGACCUAUCUCCCUGUGGAUAUCAAGCCUGAAACAACUAGAACCAGCCAAACAUUUAUUUAGCCCUCUGCUGUGGGACUUCAUGGAGGCAGCAUGGCCGUCUUCUAUUAGCCUUGUCAUUCCAAGGGGUCACUGGCUGGACUGUUUUGGUCUGAAGGACUCUGCCAAGUAUAUUGGGACUCCCCAAAGCAUUGCUGUACGCAUUCCUGACUGCUCUGUGACCACAUUUCUUAUUGAUCUGGUUGGUCCUAUUGCAGUGAUGUCAGCAAAUCCAACAGGAGAGGCUGACACCACCCAUCAUAACCAAGUGUAUGCCAAGCUGGGGGACGUGUUGGAUGGCGUACUGUGCGAUGGACCAUCCCCAGAGAACAUUGCUUCUACAGUGGUGGAUUGCACCAAGAUUGACUCAGGGAACAUUGGUUUUUUCAGAGUGGGAUUGGUACCAAAAUCACAGGUACUUCAGAUAUUUGAAGAUGUGCAGAAGAAGAAAGUGAAUGGUUACAUCAACAGGGGCUUUAUUUCCGAUGUCCCACAAGAUAACACAGCAGAAUCAGACAGCCCGGGAGUAAACUUCACUGAAAUUCCAAUCAAUGGACCCAAAUCAGACAGUGAUCACGAAAUAUGUGCUGAAACAAAUAAACACCAAAAUGGUUUUAUUAAUCAUGGAUUCUCAGAUGAAGAUGAAAGACUGUAAGACUUGUGAACUGUGAACUCUCCUUACAGUUUUUUUAAUAACAAAUUAAAAGCCAUUAUCUCAGGCAGCUGUAAAAAAUAAUGUAUCAGAUUCACGUUUUGCAUCUACUGGCGAUGUCAGGCCGAUUCUUAUAUUCCAGUGCAGUUUUUACAUUUUAGUUAUAAAGUUAGGCUGCAAUACAACAUUCAUAUAUUAUCAGCAUUAAUAUGAAUUAAAAAUGAACCUUUGUAUUUCCAUUCAGCCACAGUUUUAGUACCUGAUGCUACUGUGUGCUGUGUCCUAAAAAUGUUACUCUUCAGCAACAUAAUACUAGGUACUGCAGAAUUCAUGAUCAAUCCUUCCAGGCAAGCAUAAGGCAGCAGACAGAGAGAUCAUUCUAAUCGAGAAUUUUCGAAAGCUUAAAAUAAAACCAUCUUAUGUUUAAGUUAAACAGAAAAAAAAAGAGUUUAAGCCUUUAAGCUCCUAAAAUUCUAGAAAUUCCCUUGAAACAAUGUUUGCUUAUUUAAAGUUUGCCUGAUUUUAUACUAAGGUAAAUAUUUUGCUAAAACCAUGAUAUAACACAACCCACAAAGUCCCAGGGGUUUAGCAGACAUCAUGUCUCUAAUGCAGUGAAAGCACAAUAUGCAUUUUAAAGGGUUGUAAUAGAAACAUACCCCCAUCUCUGCAAAGAGAAAGGUAUAUCUGAUAUUUGACAAAGACAAAACACAAAAGAGAGAUCAACACACCUUUAGCUUAUGGUCUUUUUCUCCAGUAAUUGAUAAAACAAAUACACAUAUUUAACAGAUAACAAACAAGUAGCAAUCAGUGCUUCCAAUGUUGUUAAAAUGUAUUAAUUUGGAAACCACACACAUUCUUUAUAAGAGAGUUGACUUCAUCAUAGCUACAGUGAUCAAAACUUGUUUUUUGUCAUAGCCAAAAUACAUAAUGCAAAGAUUAUUGCCCUUUUACAGAGCUCUGUGCUGCUUAUAUCACCCUUAAUAAAAUAACUAAAUCUGAUUUUAUAAAACCUCAUAGAAAGUUAUAUUCCCAGUGACAACCAGCCUUGAUUAAAUGGCUUUCAAUGUAUCAGAUAUCCAUACAGCAACCAGAUGCCAUUUUUGUUAAUAGCUGUAAAGGAAAUUAAUUGUUUAAGAUCUAAAUUUCAUUUUGUGGUACAUGUAAUAUAUUUUGAAGUCUAUAUAAUGCAUUCUGAUAAAGAAUAUCAGAGACCUUGGUAUUUUGUAGUUGUGGUAGUUGUAUAUUUUACUGGUAUUAAUUUUAAAUUGUCAAUCAUUUCCAUAAUGGACACAGAAAAAGUUAUUGUGCAACACAAAAAAAGUUGAAAUAGAUUUUCCUAUUAUAUAAUAUAUUUAGCAUUAAAAUAACACAGUCUAACAUGCUGAAGUACGUGGUGCUUCAUUUAUUUAUAGUUCCUUAUUUCGUUAUCCAAGGUAUAUGCUAUAUGCCUUCUUCAUAAAGAGUCGUUGUAGUGUUGCGUUGCUGUUAACGUAUUCAGCGUUCGAAUAUUUGAAAGGAUGUGGUCUACGUUCGUUUCUACAGGGGCAUUACUUCUAGGCCCUGGAAAUAAGAAUGUUACUACAAUAUGAAGGAUACCCCUACAUCAUUUUCAAUUCAAUAGUAUACAGCAAAAUGUAUUUUGUUUACUUUGCACUAAAUUAUGUAUGUUUGCAUAUGUAGUAUUUAUCUUGUAGCUGGCCUACAUGAUGUAAAGUUUUUAUUUUCUGUACUAAAAUGUCUGUACUUGAAAAUGUUUGUACAUUUUAAAGCUAUGUAAACACACUGAUGUAGAUGAUAUGUCUGUACAGUAUUAAAAUGCACUAAGAAAUAAUAUAUUAUUAAUUAUUUA